CGCGCAGGUAUUCCCCGCUCGGCCACUUCCGUAUUUACACAGUUUUUUGUUUGCCACAGAAAUUUUCGUGCCCGCACCUGGGCGUAGUCUUCGGUUUUGUACUGGCCAGACCCGCUCUCUGCUGCUAGGAUGUGGUCCAGUAGCCACAUCCGCAACCCGCUGGCGCGCUCCCUGUACAUGCAGGCCGUCAGGCAGGCCGAGAUAGAGGAGGAGCUGAGGGACACGCGUUACGAGGAGUGGUAUACCUGUGAUGUGAGCCUUCUCAGUGAGACCCUCCAGCCCAAGUACCUCCCGCUGCACUUCGACACAGAGACAGAGGAAUUCCUGCAGGGCAGUCGUGAGAAGUCAGACUGGGUCUUCACCCAGAUCUUCCACUCUGUGGUCUCCACCCUGCUCAGCAUGUUUGUGUCUGUCACUUCCAUCAAUGGCUGGCUGGGGCGGGGUUCCAUGUUCGUCUUCUCACAACAACAUUUCUACAAACUCAUGAGGAUCGCACCUGGCUGGCAGGCCGAGCGGCUUCUGGACCUGGGUGCGGGGGACGGUAAUGUCACGAGGAUCAUGUCAGGCCACUUCCAGGAGGUUUUUGUUACGGAGCAGUCUCCCCCCAUGCGAGAAAGGUUACAGGAGAGGGGGUACAGGUUACUCGACAUAGAGGAGUGGCCGACACCGCAGUCCGGUUUAACCUACGACCUCAUCAGUUGUCUGAACCUGCUGGACAGGUGCGACAAACCGCGUUCGGUCCUGGAGGACAUCCGACGCUCACUCUCGCCAGACGGACACCUGAUCCUCGCUGUGGUGCUGCCGUUCAGUCCGUGUGUGGAGUCAGGAUCUAAGCUGGUGGACCCGUCGGAAGUGCUGCCUGUGGAGGGGAAGGGCUGGGAGCUGCAGGCCAACAGUUUUGUGGAGCAGGUGCUCACGCCCAGCGGCUUCGAGGUGGAGACCUUCUCGCGCCUGCCGUACCUCUGCGAGGGAGACUUGUACCACCCGUACUACAUCCUGCACGAUGCUGUGUUCGUGCUCAGACCUACAGAAGUAGAAACUCAACAAGAAAACAGAGUCUGAGGGGAUGGUGUCUACCAGGGCUAGGGGUGGGUAUCGGUACAGUGUACUGGUACAAAACCGUUUUUUUCUUAUUGGACGGGUCCAAAAAAACAGACCUGAAAAAAUUCAGUGCACCAGAUGUUGGACCUAUUGGAAAAUUAACAGAUCACAGGUCCGGACCUGGACCUGGUCCUCUGGACCUGAACCGUACCUGGACCUGAACAUUCUGUACCGGUACCCAGCCCUAACCAGGGCUCUAACUUGUACCUGUCAUUUUGACAGAAUUUUGCUGCAUAUGACAGAAAAAAUUCAAGACCAUUCCAUCAACCUUGAUGCAAAAGAGUGGAUGGUUAAAGAUACAGAAGCAUCCAAAUUUGAAUAAACCAUGCCUAAACUGGCCUGAAAGUUAUAUAAUAAUAAUGAUGGUAGUUUGUACAUGAUGAGAGAAAACAUAAGUCUGCACUUUGUUACGCACAGUUUCAGGGAGUGAGUAUAAAUCAAUGUGUCCUAAGAAGACGACAGGGUUUUACCAAAUUUUGCAAUGGUGAAAAAUUGUCAUUCCUGGAUUUGGGUCCAGAUUUUUUCCCAAAAUGCAAUCAUUGCUGUCCUUGACAAUACAGAGAAUGAAAAAAAUCAAACCAAAUUUGGGAGGUUCAUUUGUACUGAUAAACACACUUUUUGUUGAAUACUGAGUGAUAGAGUUUUGUUUUUCUAGAUCUUUGAUAUUGAGACUUUUAUUUACUAUCCAGCAUGUCAUUUUAAGGACUCUUCAUGCUCCUUUUGAGAGGUACAUUUAAUGGCUGUACCUUUUGUGUAUACAUGUACUAGCAAAAGUCAUGUUAGGCUUAAAUUGUAUAAUUAUUAUUAUAAAUAAUGCCAGAUUGAAGUCUUUUCUCUGUAGAUAAAGAAAAUCUCCAGGUUGCCAAAUAAAAGUUCAGGAUAAACUUCCUUUUUGCCCCACUGGGUAGAUGUGACACAGUUGCUACGACAAUGCUAUAUUUUCAUGUGUUCUUUGUGCAUUAUAGUUAUGGACUAUGCAGACAGGAAGCAUGAAUGCUGUUUCCAAUUGUGGCGGAGGAUUUGAAAGUUUUUAUAGGGAUUUGUUCGAUGGGGAGGGUUGAGGGUGGUCUGACUGCACUUUAAAGAUAGUCUCUGGCUAUCAACAAAAGUGUACAACAGGGAAUUCAGAGGAUAUUUUCCAUCGGGGAGGGGGUGGGGGUGAAACCAGAAAAAUUUCACAACAGAAAAGUCACAAAGAAGUACAGAUCCAGUCAAAUCUGUACUAGUGACUGACUCUACAUGAGAACCACUUGUCCAAUGUUAUCACUUGUUGGUGGCCCCAUAGAUAAUAUUUCCCUUUGACACAAGCAUUAACUUAAGAAUCCUGUCUAAUGUGACCACCUGUCCACAUAGGGCAGGUUUUAUUGGUUACUGUAGUGGUCUUCUUGGCCAGUUUUGACUUAACAUUCCUUGCAAUGGCCUCUUUACUUCAGUGACUGUAUUCAGACAAAAACAAACUUAAGAAGACUUUAUCAUUUUGAAACCUGUAUGUACAGGCAAGGAGGUAAAAAAAAACUCCUUGGUACAGGAAAUGUGGAAAUACUGUAUUCUGUUGAUUUAUUUCUUGUUGCCUGAAAGCAAUGUGAAUAUAGUGUGUGUUUCACCUGCAUAUGUAUAUGUUACUGUCCUGUCUACAUGUGCUGCUCAUAAGCUGUGUUUCUGCAAUUACUUGAAUGUAUGAAAGUGAAAGAUCAUACCCUUGUGAUGUUGCUGUAAUUAAUGUGCCAAUGCUUAUGUGUAAAAUGCUAUCCGUGUUUUCAUCUUGUAUGUGCAAGAAAAUCCUUGCAGCUAGAAAAAGGAUUGUGCUUGAAUGUAAAAAAGUGGAAGAAAGAUAUCUUCUUGGAAGCAAUAAUGUUAAUAGAGUGUUCGACUGGAAGAUGUGUGUGGUGUUUGGUCCAAAUGUUCCUUCUGAAAUAAAGGCAUAAUAACAC